CUAAUUCUCAUAAAAUCUGUCCUUUUCUCUUCACUCUCCUGCACCGUGGCACCACAGAACCUUCACAGUCCCAAAAAUAACCCCAAAAAAGAAAAAUAAUGAACAAGUUUGGGGGUUAGUUAGGGUUUGAUUCAAUUUCCUGUUGAAGAAAAAAAGAUAGUUUGUUGCAUUAAUGGCGUCGUCUCUACCAUUACAAGAGCUUCAUUUUCUCUCCCCAACAACAACUUCAAAGCACCGGUUUUAUCUCUCUAGAUAUUCUUUGCGCUCUAGAAUUUCUCUCGCCGGAAGUAGCCAUUUGCGGAACGGCGUCGUUUCACGUUCUCGGAUUCGAGCUCUUAAAGAGGAAGGAGUUGCGUACGAGGAAAGGGAGAAAGAAUUUAUCAAGGAAGUUAACGGUAGGCUUGAAUUGAAUGGAAAUGGUAGUGCUAGUAAGUAUGAGUAUACCAAUGGGUCAGUUGAGGGAUAUUCCAAUGGUGGGGUUGGAGUGGUGGAGAGUGAGAGCAAUGGGAGUUUGGCGAAGUAUGUGAAUGGGAAUGGGGAUGGGAAUGGUGCGGCGGUGGUGACGGCGGCGGAGGUGGUGGUAGUGGAAGAAGAAGGAGUAGUUUCGGAGGCGGCGAGGAAGAAGAGGGUAGAGGAUAUUGGGAAAGAGGAGGCUUGGUUCAAGCGGAGCACUCAAGAACAAGCUGAGGUUUCUGUUGCUCCUGGGGGGCGUUGGAGUAGAUUCAAAACCUACUCAACAAUACAAAGGACCUUGGAAAUUUGGGGAUUUGUUCUGACUUUUAUAUUCAAGGCAUGGUUGAACAAUCAGAAAUUCUCCUAUCGAGGAGGAAUGACUGAGGAAAAGAAAGUUCUAAGGCGGAAGGCCCUGGCAAAGUGGUUAAAAGAAAGUAUCCUGAGACUGGGUCCUACUUUCAUCAAAAUUGGCCAGCAGUUCUCCACAAGGGUUGACAUUCUUGCUCAAGAAUAUGUUGAUCAGUUGUCAGAGCUACAGGAUCAAGUUCCACCUUUUCCAUCAGAGACUGCAGUAUCUAUUGUUGAAGAAGAGCUUGGAGCCCCUGUAGAUGAUACCUUUGAUCAGUUUGACUAUGAGCCCAUUGCUGCUGCUAGUCUUGGCCAAGUACAUCGGGCAAGACUGAAGGGCCAAGAAGUCGUUAUCAAAGUACAAAGGCCUGGUCUAAAGGAUCUUUUUGAUAUUGAUCUUAAAAACCUGAGGGUAAUAGCAGAAUAUCUUCAAAAGGUUGACCCAAAGUCAGAUGGCGCAAAGAGAGACUGGGUUGCAAUUUAUGAUGAAUGUGCAAGUGUGUUAUAUCAGGAAAUUGAUUACACCAAGGAGGCUGCUAAUGCAGAAUUGUUUGCCAGUAACUUCAAAGGCAUGGAUUAUGUGAAAGUUCCGACAAUAUACUGGGAAUACACCACACCACAGGUCCUGACUAUGGAGUAUGUCCCAGGGAUCAAAAUAAACAAGAUUCAAGCUUUAGAUCAGUUGGGAGUUGAUCGGAAAAGGUUGGGUAGAUAUGCUGUUGAAUCUUACUUGGAACAAAUUCUGUCUCAUGGUUUUUUCCAUGCUGACCCACAUCCAGGAAAUAUUGCUGUUGAUGAUGUUAAUGGUGGACGAUUGAUCUUCUAUGACUUUGGAAUGAUGGGAAGUAUCAGCUCAAACAUCAGAGAAGGUUUGUUGGAAACAUUCUAUGGAGUUUAUGAGAAGGAUCCAGAUAGGGUCCUUCAAGCAAUGAUUCAGAUGGGUGUUCUUGUGCCUACUGGAGAUAUGACAGCUGUCAGACGGACAGCGCAAUUCUUCCUUAACAGUUUUGAAGAGCGUCUUGCUGCUCAACGGAAGGAGAGAGAAAUGGCGACAACAGAACUUGGAUUUAAGAGGCAAUUGACCAAGGAGGAAAAGAUGGAGAAAAAGAAGCAACGCCUGGCUGCAAUUGGGGAAGAUUUAUUGGCCAUUGCAGCAGAUCAACCCUUUCGAUUCCCUGCCACAUUCACAUUUGUUGUCAGAGCAUUUUCAGUAUUAGAUGGCAUUGGGAAGGGCCUUGAUCCUCGGUUUGAUAUUACUGAGAUUGCAAAACCCUAUGCACUGGAGUUGUUAAGAUUUCGUGAAGCUGGAGUUGAAGUUGUAUUGAAGGACUUCAGAAAGAGAUGGGACAGGCAGUCCCGUGCAUUCUACAACUUAUUUAGGCAGGCUGAUAGGGUUGAGAAGCUUGCUGAAACCAUCCAAAGAUUGGAGCAAGGAGAUUUGAAGCUUAGAGUACGAACUUUGGAGUCUGAAAGGGCUUUCCAACGUGUUGCUGCUGUUCAGAAGACAGUAGGGAGUGCUGUAGCUGCUGGAAGCCUGAUCAACCUUGCAACAAUUUUGUACCUCAAUUCCCUGAGAGUACCAGCUGUUGCUGCAUAUGUCUUCUGUGCAUUUUUCAGCUUUCAAGUGCUUAUUGGUAUUAUAAAGGUCAAAAAAUUAGACCAGCGAGAAAGGUUGAUAACAGGAACUGCUUGAUUAAUAGAUUUGAAGAUUCAACUCCAAUGAAGCUUUGACGACAAAUCGACUUCCAGCCAUAGAAACAAAGUGAGAGGCACAGAUGUUUCAUAGUUUGUUUCUUAAUUUCAACGUAAAUGAAGCUUCAACUUAGUAAAUUGGUCAUGAGAAGUCUAACAGCUGUGCACUUGGGAUGACCUUCUUAAAGCUCACGAAGAUCUUGAUGACAUUGUUCUAGGGUUGUAACUGCACAAGCCAAAGCCCGAUUGUUCUCUUAAAUUGUCCCUGACAAUCUUCCCUGGUCCCAAGGUUGUAUGUUUUUUUUUAUUCCUCUUUCAUCGGCUGGCUGAUCACCGUAUGGUAAGUUUUUAGUCAUAGUAUAGAGUAAUUUUUGCAAUGCAUCCCAUCAUAUAUAACUUAAAUAUGGGGCAUAUAUGUCUAAAAGCUGUGUAUAUUAUUGUAACAUACAGGAAAAUUUUAGUGGAAUUUGUAAGUUAUAUGCCACGCACGUAUUGCAAACUCAAUUAUGGUUUGUGUCAUAUUGGCAACUCAA